AUGGCCAAUCUCGCACCAAAGGUACUGAGGCAGGCCUCGCGCCUUGCCACAAAGUCGGCCCUCUCUGCGGGCUCUAGACGCAGCGUCCAGACUCUAUCCCGAGUGGCGACGGCCGCGCCGGUAGUCACAGUCGCAUCCGCAUCUCCCGCCAGCUCCGCAAGGAGCUACGUGACCGAGACGAAGCGCGACAAUGCGCAAGUACAGACCGAUACGGCGAUCCGGCUCGACAAGGCGGGGCUCGAGAAGUCCGGGCUUGCCGUCAGCGGGCACCAGAGCUCAGAAGGCCAUGUCAGCCCGAUAGCCGAUGUCCUCAAACAGGCCACUGUCAUGGACGAGGGCCAGCGGCCCAUCUACCUCGACAUGCAGGCCACCACUCCGGUAGACCCGCGUGUUCUGGACGCCAUGAUGCCCUUCUUCACGGGCGUGUACGGCAACCCCCACUCGCGGACACACGCCUACGGCUGGGAGAGCGAGAAGGCAGUCGAGCAGGCUCGGGAGCACAUCGCCACCCUGAUUGGCGCUGACCCUAAGGAGAUCAUCUUCACCAGCGGAGCCACCGAGAGCAACAACAUGAGCAUCAAAGGAGUCGCCAGGUUCUUUGGCCGGUCCGGCAAGAAGAAGCACAUCAUCACCAGCCAGACCGAACACAAGUGCGUGCUCGACAGCUGCAGGCAUCUGCAAGACGAAGGCUUUGACGUCACCUACCUGCCCGUCCAGCACAACGGCCUGAUCGACCUCAAGGCCCUCGAGGCUGCCAUCCGCCCCGACACGGCCCUUGUCAGCAUCAUGGCCGUGAACAACGAGAUUGGCGUCAUCCAGCCGCUAGAACAGAUUGGCAAGCUCUGCCGCGAACGGAAGGUCUUCUUCCACACCGACGCCGCCCAGGCCGUCGGCAAGAUCCCCAUGGAUGUCAACGCAAUGAACAUCGACCUGAUGUCCAUUUCCUCCCACAAGAUCUACGGCCCGAAAGGAAUCGGAGCCUGCUACGUCCGCCGGCGGCCGAGGGUCAGACUCGACCCCAUCAUUAGCGGUGGAGGACAGGAGCGAGGGCUGAGGAGCGGCACGCUGGCCCCUCCGCUUGUCGUAGGCUUUGGGGAGGCGUGUCGCAUCGCCAAAGAAGAACUUGCUUAUGAUUCGAGGCGAAUCAAGCACCUCUCGGACCGUCUGCUCAAUGGGCUGCUGGCUAUGGAGCACACAGAGCAGAAUGGUGAUUCUGAGCACUUCUACCCCGGCUGCGUCAACGUGUCGUUUGCGUACGUCGAGGGCGAGUCGCUGCUCAUGGCCCUGAAGGACAUUGCCCUGUCGUCGGGUAGUGCCUGCACCUCGGCGUCCCUAGAACCCAGCUACGUCUUGCGCGCGCUGGGCAACAGCGACGAGAGCGCCCACUCGAGCAUCCGGUUUGGCAUUGGCCGGUUCACCACCGAGGAGGAGAUUGACUACGUUCUGAAGGCUGUAACGGCCCGUGUCGGUUUCCUCCGCGAGCUUAGUCCCCUGUGGGAGCUGGUCCAAGAAGGCGUUGACCUCAACACGAUUGAGUGGAGCCAGCACUGA